CCGUUUUGGCUCAAGUCGCGCGCUUCUGCGCCGGAGAGAGUCGGCUAUACCUGCCCGCCGCUGGCAGGAUGCUCCGGUCCCGCGCCACGCUGCCGGGGCUUGCGCUCACGGCCGCCGCGUGCCUGCUGGGUGCUCGCCUCGCCUUCGUGCCGGCGCCCGCCGCCCCAGCCGCCGCCCAGGCGGCGGCGCUGCGCGGGGUUGCCGCCGUGGCCGCUUCCGCUGCUACUUCGUUGCCCGCGCUGGCGGAGCCGGACGAGCUCGUGGACUACAAUUUUGCGGGCGAGUUCACGCCGUUCUUGAUCAUCGGGUACUUCACGCUCACCACCGCCCUCACGGGCUUCUCCUUCGUCUCGUACCUCGUACUGACGAAGCUCAAGAUCAUCUGA